AUGACGCGCCAAAGCAUGUGCACACCAGCUUUCCUCGCAGCUGCAGUCCUCGCUUUCCACGGCGUACGAGGCGAUACCUCCGAGUGCAGGAACUCCAUGGCCGAAGAAGAAGUGGAGAUGCAGGAGGACGCAGAGCUUCAGGUGAUGCGCCAGGAACUUCUGCAAACUGGCGUCCGCAGCAUCAAAGCCGGUGAAAGCUAUCACGCGGGUGCGCGAGUCGAAGUGACAGAAGAAUCUGACGCAGAGAUGCUGAUUGCGAGGGGCCUUCACAGUGACGAACAGGCAGUGCAGCAUGUGGUGAGUCGUGUGCUGCAACUUCAGCAGCCUCCGACUUGGGAGGGCGAGGG